AUGCGGUGUUGGGUUGGAUUAAUGUUGCUAGCAGCAGCAGGUGCAUUAUUACUGGAAAAUGCUCAAGCAGCCACAUUUACGGUCACAUCACAAGUUUACCUGGACGUAUCGAUUGAUGGUGAGAAAAUAGGACGCAUUACGAUUGGGAUGUUCGGCGAGGAAGCCCCAAAAACGGUUGCCAACUUUCGUCAGCUCUGUACGAAGGAUGUGGAUGGGUUCAGCUACAAAGGUAGCCGGUUCCAUCGGGUCAUUCAGAAGUUUAUGAUACAAGGUGGUGAUGUUGUUUCGGGCGAUGGUCACGGAGCGAUCAGUACGUAUGGCAAAUAUUUCGACGAUGAAAAUUUGAAAAUCAACCACACCUGCUCGGGUUUCAUCGCGAUGGCAAACCGAGGACCGAAUACGAACGGUUGCCAAUUCUAUAUUACCACCAUGCCGGCACCUUGGCUGGACGGGAAGCACACUAUCUUCGGUAAGGUGCUCGACGGUCAGGGAGUGGUGCAUAAAGUGGAACAAGUGCGAACGGACACGGACGACUAUCCGGUGAAGCCGGUCAUCAUUGACGAUUGUGGUGAUCUUCCGCUCCUUGGAACGUUUACUGUUUCAGAUGAUCCUUACGAUUUGUGGGCCUGGAUCAAAGCUGCAUAUCUUCCACUUGGAAUGUCUUUUUCCAUCCUGGCGUUCUUUCAGUACAUCAUUCGCAAAUUGGACGGUUUCACGAAUCGUGAGGCAUUGCGCAACGCAGAACUGGCCAAAAACGAUUAA